AUGAUGUCCAACUUAUGUCAAUUAAAAGUUCAAAUACGUUACAUUAAUAUAAAUGGAUUUUCAUGGGAACAAAUUAUUCGUGACCAUUUGCACAAACUCAAAGUAUUUCAACUAAAAAUGGAAAUUAAGAUUCAUGACAUUAACAACAAGGAAGGAGAAGUUGAUGCAUUAAUCGAUUCAUUUCGAAGUCAAUUUUGGCUUGAGGAACAUAGUUGGUUUGUUCGUUGUGAUUGGAUGCCUGAUAAACAAUACACUUAUGCUAUUCUUUACACUCUCCCCUAUGUCUUUAACUCUUUUGAUUUUAACGUUCCCAUUUUGUCUAAAUCAACUUAUUCUCACAAUACUAAUCAUCAGUCAUUCAAUUAUGUACGUAAUCUUCAUUGCAACAUGGUUCUAACCGGUGAACUAAAUUUGUGUCAUGCUCAAUUUCAUAAUAUUCAUUAUAUGUCCAUAAAAUUGCCUGCUAAUGAUCAAUUUUGGUCGAUUGUUCCAAGACUUGAACAAUUAACUUCACUCAAUGUAUUAUUGGACAAUGGUAGUGAUAUUGGCCAAUCGCAAUUGCAAUCUUUGCUCAAUAGAGCACCUUGUCUUCGUUCAUUGAGAAUCAAAUCAUGCUCAUCGUCGACUCAACAAGUAUUAUUGACAGGAAAAAGUAGAAACUUAUCGAUCCUUCGACUUUUUUCACAAGGAUAUUCGUUAUGCUUUGACAACCAAGCUUGUGCUGCAUUGAGUGCCUCUUCCCUAGGCAUGCAAUGUGAGGUGCUUCAAAUCAAAGUCAAUUAUCGUGCAGAUGUAAUUACUCUUAUCAACGGAAUGGCCAAGCUUCGAGCAUUGUACGUUUAUUGUUGCGAUGACAAAAUAAACGAGAAAUUGAAGGCAACAAAUGAUGAACUUAUUGAAUGGUUGCAACAACGUUUACCAUCCACGUGUACAAUUAUUAGAGACGAACACUUAUUCUAUAUUAUUAAUAUAUGGAUUCGUUAA